AUGGUGACCACUCGUAGCCAGUCCCUUAGGGUGCCCCGGCGCUCCUACGGCAAACUCCGGAAUAUAUGGGGGGAGCCCUCGGAAUGCGAGGGGCCGAGCCCCCUAGUCCCUGAGGGGCACCAGCAGGCCCCCCGAUUCCAGAGGUCCCUAAGCUUCCGGCACCGCAGGGAGAAGUCACGCUCCCGGGGUCUGGAAGCCAGUUCUGGUCCCCCGGAAGGGCUGGACCCUUCUCCUCACGACAUCCCCCCCGGGGGUCCGGGGGACACCGAACAGCUGAUCCAAGGCAAGAAUCGGGGGAGCCAGAGAAUACGACAGUACAAGAAGCAGGUAGAUUAUGCCCUGAGAAGAACAUGGGGGAACUUUGUGGCCAACCUGCCGGGGGUGACUUUCAGCCAGUCAACAUCCCCUAGUCCCACGCUGGACAUUACCAGGUGAAGGAGGCCAAGUGUUCCUGGGAGGACGCCGCCGCCAUCCAGCUCCUCUGGGGCCGGGGGAUGGCCAGCACUUUGGCUGAGACUGUUCCAGACCCCCCAAACCGACCACUGCAGCUUCUUCCGGAGGAGCCGUUCCAUUCCGUUCUUGGCACUUUAUAUAGACGAUGAUAAGUUUGGUAAUUUAUAGGCAUUGCUUUCCUCGGCCCUAACAGUAUUUCUUCAUGUAGCUUAGCCAGACUAUUUGCACAUUAGCCAGCCUUUUGCAGAUCGUGCAUUCCCUCUUUGUCCUUGAUCCGUUGACUUCCUCCUUCUUCUUCCAACCUUUCCCUUCCAUCUUAGAAUCAAUACUAUAUAUUGGUUCCAAGACAGAAGAGCAGACAAUAGGGGUUCAGUGUGCGAUUUGCCCAGUAUCUGAGGUCAGAUUUGAACCCAGGACCUCCCAUCUCCAGGCCCG